GGGGUUGACCCUGGAAACAAUUUCUUUCUUUCUUUGUUCUUCCUUUAAAAAAAAAAAAAGAAAAAAAAAAAAGGAAAAAUUGUCAUCUUCAACGCAGCAUAUGUCUGGGGUUGACUCUGGAAACAAUUUCUUUCUUUCUUUCUUUCUUUUUUUAACACGCAGCAAACAAUUUAGCAGCUUCUUAGUUGUGUUGGUUCCAUGAACAGGAGGAAGUGGCCUGGUCACUUGCUCCACCUCAAUCCUGCACUGGAAUCCCGCCCCAUCUUCCUCCAUAGGAAUACAAGAAAAAAACAGGAAAGAGAUGGUGAGAGAAUUUGGGAUUUUGCCAAGAAGUUAGAGGCAACAACAAGUGGAAGCGAGGAGGAACUAAUUCGAAGGAUCAAUGAACUAGAAGCCAGAGAUAAAGCAACAGAGGCUACAACUGGAGGAGAAAGGGUAAGUCUCCCCAAUUCAAAAUGAUUUUGCUUUCAUGGAAUAUAAGAGGGUUGGGUGGUGGGGGUAAGCGAAGAGAAAUAAGGGAACUCAUAGUUAAAGAAAAAGUUGAAUUUGUUGCUUUGCAAGAGACAAAAUUAGAGUUGAUUGACAGAAAUACUUGUAGAUCUCUAUGGGGGUUUGAUAAUUUUGAUUGGGUUGCUAAGGCUUCAAUCGGUAGAUCAAGAGGGCUUCUAUGUAUAUGGAACUCUGAUAUUUUUUGCAAAAAAACAGUUCUUGAGGGGACCAAUUUUCUGGGCGUUUAUGGUUUUUGGGGUAAAAAUGCAAUUCCAGUUUUCAUCAUCAAUAUCUACUCCCCUUGUGAGUUAGUGAGUAAAAGAUUAUUGUGGGAGGAGUUAAGUAAUCUUGUCUCACCUUCUGCUAGUGGGAAUUGGUGUAUACUUGGUGAUUUUAACGCAAUUAAAAGCCAACAUGAAAGGAAGGGUUGCAAAUCCUUAUCCAGUGAGAUGAGAGAAUUCUGUGAUUUCAUCAAUGAAUUGAAUUUAAUUGA